GUGGAAAAAGGAAGGCGAAAAACUCUGCGAGCAGGUUUUCGAAAAGAAUGGGAAGACGAAGCCGAAGGAGCUGAAGUCAGUUGCGCACUACGCAUUGCAGAAGCAUCUCCGCCGGGCCCGGGGGCUUGUUUGAGUUGCAUUGCAUUUGCAAAUUUCUUCAGAUUAUUAAAAAAGAGAAUUUCUCAUGCUGUUUUAGCUUCUGGAUGUGAUCUGUCAUGCAUGUUGGCUAUGCAAUUCCUACACUUGCGAUGCUUUUGCAUAGGAUACGCAGGCGGCAAUGGAGGACUUCAUCGAUCUGUGGGAUUGCACGGAACAGGUUUGUGGUUUUGAGAAGAACAAAAGAAGCGAUGGUAAGCUUCGGUGGAAGAAACAAUCUGGAAGUUCAUCAGGCACAGCAGCUGUUGCAGGAGCUUCUUCUUCUCAGGACGACACUGGAAAUAGACCCACUACAGAUCUUCAUUACAACUCUGAAAAGAACCUGGAACCCAAACCCCGCGCGUUCCUGGAACCGGAUAGAGAUACCGACUUUAGCGACAGCGAAUUACAGGAAAAACUAAGAAUAGCCAGUGAGUUCGCGCGGGAAAACACGCUGGAGAUUGACAAAGCGUUACUUCUAAAAGCCAUGUCGAAAACCGAGGGCCCGAACAUUUUCGAACUGGCGGACAAUUUCGCGAAAAACCCUGACAAAGCGAGACCAGUAGAAAAACAAGUCAAUGUCCACGGGAGGUUGCAAUCCAGAAAGAGGGAAUUCGGUUCCUUCCUCCUCACGGAACUGUUACUCGCAGGGAUUGUCGGAGCCAAGCAAGCGAAUUCCAAACCCAGCGCUGCGACCAACGGAGGUGGUGCAGGUGCACCACUGAAGCAGGCUAAAACGAGUGAAUCGCAGAAACCACCCCUGCAAAGGCAAUCCCCGUCUUUGCAACAGCAGU